UUCCAAUGACGUUUCAACCCUUUACAAUUGAUGUACACCGUUUGUUUUCAAUUCAUAAUUCCGCAGUGCGUUUAUUUACGUUUAAUUAAUACCCUUAAUGACAUAUUAUACAGCUUGCAUUGAUCGAUUCAAACUUCGUUUUUUAAAAUGCGGGCAAAACGACUACAUUUCCCAGAGAUCCACUCCUCACCGUGUUUCCUGUAUUUUGGUUGUGAUCCCUGAUUCCAAAGCGCAAAGAGAAAAGUGUGUUUGAAAGGUCAGUGUGUCAUGAUAUGAAUGAAACAGUGGAUAUAAACCGAAUGUUACUCUUGUAUGAUGUCAGGAGAUGAGCAUUCCAUCUUAAAGCGACAAGCGUGUGUGUUUUCUGAGGAACAUCAACAUGGAUAAUCGCUGUCACUGCUGUGCAUCUAAAUUUACUCUCUUCAGGAAAGAGGUGGGUUGUAAAAACUGUGGCCAUUCUUUUUGCGCUGGGUGUCUGACAUACACCACUUCUGUGCCAAAAUGUGGAAGCAGUCUCCAGAAAGUCUGCAAACAGUGUUAUGGAAACUUAACCAGCACUGGGAACCAGAGUGAUGCUGGCCGAUGGUCUCCACCAGAAAACUACAAAAAACGUGUUGCUGCUCUGGAAGCCAAAUCGACUCAACAGAAGCAGCCGUCCAGACCUGGAGGUCCUGUGGGUCUCAUCCCAACCAAAGGUCUCUGUAAAGAGGACCAGCUCAUCGCACAAAGACUGCAGAAGCUGAAAGAGGAAACCAAGCCUAGUAAAAAAUCCAUACCAUCAGAGAAAGAGCUGGAGUCUCGUCUCACUGCAUUGAAAGUCCCGCUACAGCCCGUGGCGUCUGUUAAAGAGAUGGAGGAGCGUCUGGCUGCCCUACAGGGACAACCGGCACCUUCUCAAACCCCCCGACCUGUUCAUCAGCCGCCUGACAGCCGGACACAGACGGAACGGACCAAUGAUUUACUCGCACAGAUGACAGAAGAAGUUGCUAUUGACAACCAGCAUCAGCCUUCAGAGGGAAGCACAGACGAACCCUUAAAUGACCUCAAUAAACAAGAGGGCUGGAACAUCAAUGAGAAUAUGGAGGACACAGAGCUGUCAAUCAAACAGCUGGAGGCGGAGAAAAGCAGAAUGCUGGAUGAAGCUGUAAAGGAACUACAGAAAGACAAAACCAACCAGGAAGAGAUGCUUGAGAUGGCUAAAAGACUGGCUGUUCUGCAGGGACGAGACCCCGAGCAGGUCCAUCUGUCAGAUGUCCAGCAGGUGGACAGUGGUGAAGAGAGCGAGGAGGACGCCAUCAACAGGGUCCUGAAAAGACUGUCAGAAGAAGCGGCUCUAGACGAGGCCUGCGGUUACAACAUCCCACCCGAAUUGAGCGGCCCGACAAACACAGAAGAGAAGACACGCAGCAGAAAAGCGAGUUCAGAGCGCUCGUCUCAACCCAAACCACACGCUGCCGUCUCACGCCCUCAGCUGUUCAAUGAUGAAGACGAGGAGGAUGAGGAGUUGCCGUGGUGCAGCAUCUGUAACCAUGACGCCAGCGUCCGAUGUCACACGUGUGAUGGAGAUCUGUACUGCAGCCGCUGCUUCAGGGAAGGUCAUGACAAAUAUGAGAGAAAAGAUCAUCACACAUCUACAUACACUGCACCUAAGAAGGCCAAGAGGAAAACAUGAUUCUCUACGAUGGUAUUACAUAUAAAUGAAACCCUACUACUAUUUAAAACUCCAUCUCUAAUAGCAAAGUGAAAUGACCACGUUACCCUCUGUAGUUUAAAGAGAAAUCAGUGUCCAACACAAAGUGCUCUUUAUGAUUUAGUGAUAAUGAAUAAAAGUGUAUUUUGAACAGAAAUGUGUCAUAAUACAGUUAGUGAAUGUUUAGUUUGGACUCUCAGUGGUCUGUCAUGAUAAACUGCAUCAUUGUGUUUAAAACUGUAAUAAAGUGUUUAACUGAA